AUGUAAUGGUGACGUCGGCCCAGAGACGGAGGCGGAGAAGAGCUACGUUUAUUGCUGUGUGCUCCGAUUCAUUCCACCCUUCCUUCGACCGGAGUGAAGUCGGGCAGCAAGCUCUAGUGUUUGAGGCGAGAAAAAAAAAAAAAACAUGGCAGGUUACCUGAAGGUCCUCAGCUCUCUCACUAGGUCCGCCGCUACUCUCUCCAAAACCCCCGCCGUUCUUGCUCCAGCGUCUUGCCAGAGUUUGCAACAGAGGAACUAUGCCGAUAAACGUAUCAAGGUGGCGAAGCCGGUGGUGGAGAUGGACGGAGAUGAGAUGACCAGGAUCAUCUGGGAGUUCAUCAAAGAAAAGCUCAUUCUGACCAAUGUGGAUGUGGAGCUGAAGUACUUUGACCUGGGUCUUCCUUACCGUGACCAGACUGAUGACCAAGUCACAAUCGACUCUGCAUUAGCUACUCAGAAAUACAACGUUGCUGUGAAAUGCGCCACCAUUACUCCUGACGAAGAUAGGGUCGAAGAGUUCAAGCUGAAAAAAAUGUGGAAGAGCCCUAACGGAACAAUCAGGAACAUUCUGGGUGGGACUGUCUUCCGUGAGCCAAUCAUUUGCAAGAACAUUCCCAGACUUGUUCCUGGCUGGACACAGCCCAUCACCAUUGGCAGACAUGCCCACGGUGACCAGUACAAAGCAACAGACUUUGUUGUGAGCCAACCAGGCAAAUUCAAAUUGGUCUUCUCUCCAGCUGAUGGAAGUAAAGCCAAAGAGUGGGAGGUGUUCGAUUUCCCUGGUGGUGGCUGUGGAAUGGGAAUGUACAACACUGAUGAGUCCAUCACUGGCUUCGCUCACAGCUGCUUCCAGUACGCCAUUCAGAAGAAAUGGCCUCUCUACAUGAGCACUAAGAACACCAUCCUGAAGGCUUACGAUGGCAGAUUCAAGGACAUUUUCCAGGAUAUCUUUGAGAAAAACUACAAGUCAGAGUUUGACAAGGUGAAGAUCUGGUAUGAGCACAGGCUCAUCGAUGACAUGGUGGCUCAGGUGCUGAAGUCAUCAGGCGCCUUUGUGUGGGCCUGCAAGAACUACGAUGGAGAUGUACAGUCUGACAUCCUUGCUCAGGGUAAAUAA